AUCCUUUAUGGUCUCCCACUGACUCGCCGAGAAUUUUCACUCUUCAACGAACUCUUGCUGACCAAACUCCCGCGUGCGAGGAUGUGGUUUGGUGGGGAAUCUGUUCUGCUCAGCAACUCAUCAUCCACGCCAUGUCGUUCCCAUCGAUCGAGUCCACUUCGCCUGUGAACGCAGCUUCAGCCCCAUCGUCCCUCUCUCCCAGGAACGGGUCUGACGUUGUUCCUGGCCCGCACACCUCCCUCAAUGCCCAUGUCGUCUCACAUUCCGCACAGGACAGCCUGCGUAGCUGCAUCACCUGCCGUCGGAGAAAAGUUCGCUGCAACAAGAAAACCCCUUGCUCCAACUGUGUCAAGGCCGGCAUCCAGUGUAUUUUCCCCCCUCCUGGACGGGCGCCCCGCAAAGUCAAACGCCCUCAAGAUGCCGAACUCCUGUCCCGAUUAAGGCGCCUCGAGGGCGUCAUUGAACACCUCAGUGAAAAGAAAACGAGCAGUGCUCCUCCUUCGUCCGAAACGCCUUCCCCCCGUUUACAGCAACACAGUGAGAAUCCGCCCGCUCCCCCAGUUCAGCCUCAAGCUCCUCAACAUGAGGGCGACGGCGAUGGCUGUCCACUUCUGUUGGAUGCAGCCAAACUGGAUCCCACCAGACCCAUAGCACAGCGAAAUGUGGAGCAUGAGUUUGGUAGAUUGGUUAUCGAAGAAAGUCGAAGUCGUUAUGUUAGCAAUCGAUUCUGGGCUAGUCUUGGAGAUGAAAUUGAGGAGCUCCAGGAUAUUCUCGAUCCAUCAUCCUCCGAUGAGGAGGAUUAUCCGUCCCCCGAGACAUCGUCAAGUCACUCAGCCAACCACGACGGCUUCUUAUUUGGGUUUUAUUCUGCUUCGCACUCAUUGCACGAAUUUCUUCCUUCCAAAUCCCAGGUUCCGAAGUUAUGGAACACGUGGUUGGAUAAUGUGGCCCCGUUGAUACCCAUUGUUCAUAAGGCGUCGGCUCAGCAAAUAUUUACCACGGCUGCCCAAGAUCCGAGCAGCCUGGAUAAGAACUUUGAGGCACUGUUUCUUGCCAUGUGCCUGGUUUCCAUUAUCAGCUUGUCGCCAGAGCAAUGUUCACUGCGUCUGGGAGAAGAACGGGAUGUAGCUGUCAAGCGGUAUCGUUUCGCUGUUGAGCAAGCGCUAGCUAAAGCGGAUCUCCUGAAUACCCAGAAUAUCACACUCCUGCAAGCUCUAGUGGUAUUUCUCAUCGGAAUCCGUCGGGAAGACGACACCAAGUUUGUGUGGUCUAUGACGGCGCUUGUCCUUCGGCUUGCGCAAGGACUCGGUCUCCACCGAGACGGCACCAACUUUGGGCUGAAACCUUUUGAAACAGAGAUGCGCCGACGACUGUGGUGGCAUAUAUGCUUGCUGGACAUCCGGUCGGCAGAGGACCAUGGAUCCGAUGCCCAGAUCCACGAACGAUUGUACGAUACUCGACUUCCAUUGAACAUCAAUGACGAAGACAUUACGCCGGACAUGCAGGAACCUCCCCAGGAACACGUGGGCUGGACGGAGAUGACCUUUUGUUUGAUCCGAUGUGAUAUCACGGUUGCUGUGCGCCGGGUGAGCUACGCAUGUCCGAACGGCCAUUUCGCUGCGGCAGCUCGGCAUCUCGACCCCGAUAACUGUGCAAGGCUGAUUCGGUCUAUCAACAACCGCAUCGAAGACCGAUAUAUAAAGCAUUGCGACAUGAACAUUCCCAUUCAGUGGGUUUGCGCGACAAUUGGUCGUCUCAUCCUGACCAAGCUGUGGCUUGUCAUCCAUCAUCCGAUGACCCGGCCUGAGCGUGGACUAAAGCUGAGCCACGCGAAUCGCGAGAGCCUGUUUGCCACGUCAGUCGAGGUAGUUGAGUUCCAGCGACUAUUGGAUGGCGACGUUAAAACGUACAAAUGGAGCUGGCUGUUUGCUACUAACAUGCAGUGGCAUGCCAUUGCCUUUGUACUCUCGGAGCUAUGCGUGCGCCCGCUUAGCCCUCUUACGGAUCGAGCGUGGAAAGCUGUGAGCACAUUGUACACUGAAUGGAUUAAGAACAGCAAGCAGCGCAAGGGAAUGCUCUGGCGUCCUCUUUCCCGGCUGAUGAAGCGAGCCACUGCGUUCCGGGCCAAGCAGGAGGAGAUGCAGGCGCAAAUGAGUUCCAACGUGUGCCCAGUGCAGGAUAUCUCACCCACCGGUCGCCACGGGCUUGGGCUUGUACCGGCCUCUAUUCUACCCCGAGCGCUGGCGCUUCAGCCCUUACCAACCAGCCCAAUCAAUGAUACAGGCACUUUUCCUGACAACGGCGGCAUGGAUUUUGAUAUUCGAAAAGGCCCCAUAGGUAUAAUUGAGGAGUUAUUCCCAGAGACAGAUUGGCUUAACCCUGCCACAGCUGCCAGCCUCCAACAGCCGGUGAACUCGGGCGCGUCAAUGGAGACGCUAGUGAGGCCGACGGAGACGGAGACGCAGCCAGGGAUGCCGAAUAAUCUGAAUUGGGAGGAGUGGGAUCAGGUCAUGACUGAUUUCCAGAUGGACCUGCACGCCACGAAUACGCAGAAUCCGUUUGGCAAUGCUCUGGACUGGCUUGCUUGAGGGGUUGAUGUACAUGUGUUUAUUUUUGUGAUACCAAGUUGACGGCCCUGGUGGCCGUCUUAUUGAGGGCUCUCUACCCUGGGACCUGUGAAUGUCUCCUCUCCAUAUGAUCAACAAGACUCUCCAUUCAACGAUAUGAAUAGGUUAUAUAAUGACUAUGUCGAUGACAAUAAUUGAAAUGAACUUACAUUGGCACUUUUGUCG